AUCAUCUUCUUCUUCUUCGUUUUCAAUUCUGAUUCUUACCCUUUUCUUAUCUUCCUCAUUCUGUAGAAUACCCUUCAGCUGCUGACUCUGCUGACUCUUAGUUUUUUCUUAAUUUUAUAUUCAUGAUCCUAGGCCAAGUCCUGGAGUGUUGCAUCUGUGCUCAACUUACCGUUUCUUUCUUGCUGCCUCUUUUUUCAUAUAAUGAAGGCAAAUCUACCAGUAUCAUUUGCUGGUAAUGGUCAUGCUCAAACUUUUAAUGCACCAGAUGAUUUGCCGAAGACUGUUAUGAGAACACUGAAUCAAGGAUCAAAUCCAAUGAGCAUGGAUUUCCAUCCGAUCCAACAAACUCUGCUUCUUGUUGGCACAGAUGUGGGCGAAAUAGGGUUGUGGGAAGUUGGAUCUAGGGAGAGACUUGUUUCAAAGAAUUUCAAAGUCUGGCAUCUCAAUGCAUGUUCAAUGCCUUCACAGGCAGCUCUAGUUACUGAGCCUGAUGUAUCGGUCAACCGUGUUAUUUGGAGCCCUGAUGGUUCUUUACUUGGUGUUGCCUAUUCAAGGCACAUUGUUCAAAUAUACUCCUACCAUGGUGGUGAUGACAUGCGACAGCACCUGGAGAUUGAUGCUCAUGUCGGUGGAGUUAAUGAUCUAGGAUUCUGCAAUCCCAAUAAUCAACUUUGUGUCAUAACAUGUGGUGAUGACAAGACCAUUAAAGUCUGGGAUGCUGGCAAUGGUGCAAGACAAUAUACAUUUGCAGGCCACGAGGCUCCUGUUUUCUCUGUUUGCCCUUACUACAAGGAAAAUAUUCAGGUUUGCCCUCACUACAAGGAAGAUAUUCAGUACUUCUUCUCAGCAUCUAUUGAUGGAAGGGUAAAGAUAUGGCAAUGUGAUAAUAUGCGCUCACGAGUUGAUUUUGAAGCUCCUGGACGUUGGUGCACAACCAUGGCUUACAGUGCAGAUGGUACGAGGAUCUUCUCAUGUGGGACAAGUAAAAAUGGAGAGUCUUAUAUUGUUGAGUGGAGCGGAGGAAAUGUUCAGAGAACUUAUCGAGGGUUCCGCAACCGAUCUCUAGGUGUUGUACAAUUCGAUACGACUAAAAAUCGAUUUUUGGCUGCUGGUGAUAAUUUCUCCAUUAAAUUUUGGGAUAUGGACAAUGUUCAACUUCUAACAACCGUUGAUGCUGAUGGGGGGCUCCCAGCAUGCCCUCGCAUCCGCUUUAAUAAGGAUGGCACACUUUUAGCUGUUUCUGGCAAUGAGAAUGGAAUUAAAAUCUUGGCCAAUGUGGAUGGAAUGAGGCUGUUAAGAACAUUUGAUAGUCUUUCAAAUGACCUGCUACAACAUCUGAGGCUGGGACAGAGUUAGUUUGAUUGUAUGUCUAUUUGACGUGACUCAUCACCAUGAGUAAGUUAUGUACUCUUGUUCAUGAGGUCUUUUUAUUUGCAUUGGUGUGAAUAAUCUGGAUAAUCGAUGUAAUCAGGCAACCAUCUUGGGGACUUGAGCAAAUUGGAGCAUGUAAAUUACCCUUUUCCAUAUAGGGUAAGUGCAUGAGUAGUUUUAAGGGUUGAUUUUAGGACUUGAAUAAUGAAGUUAUACUCUCUGGCUAAUCCAAGAAGGACUUGGUUUAUGAUUGAAUCAUAAAUAUAUGGUUAUAUAAUGAUUAUCGGGAUUUAAAGUGUAAGAUGUAAUUAAAAAGGUAAAACAAAUAUUUAUUUUAGCUUUAA